AUGCAGAAGUUUCACUUCCUGAUUGCGGGCAUCCCGCUGUCUCCGCUGCACAACUCCAUUUCAAUCGGACAGGAGCUUUGUCUGCGCGGUCACAAUGUUACAGUCUUCAGCUUUGCAGACAGAGGACGGAAGAAAGUGGAGAAGUAUUCUUCGAGAUGCAAGUUAGGCUAUGUGGAUUUGGGCCCACUGCCUGUGAGUGAGGAGCAGGAAGAGCACGUGAUGCUUACAGGAAUGUCUACCAAUAGUACAAGGAAGCAGGUGAGCUACAUGAUGAACAACAUCAUGGUGCCAUACAACGAAGCCCUGACCGAUGCAAUGGAAGCAUAUUUCAAUGCUUCCCCAGCGAAAUUUGACUACGCUUUGCUGGGGAUGCCGUUUGGGCAAACCGGGCUCGUUUUGAGAAAGCACCAGAUAGACUUCGCUGUGAACAUUCCGACAAUCCUGUGCCCUCCACUAGUUCCGUGGGCUGCUAAAUAUGUGCCCAUUCCCUUCUACCAUGUGAGUGUGCACAACAUGACUUUCUUGGACAGGGUGUUUGUGCUUGGCAGCAACGUGCUCAUCGAUUUCGUCCGUGCCUACGCCUACUCAGUCGGAUUCAAGUUCAGCCUCGUGCCGGAGAUGGAUUGGGACCUUUGGAGUGGACGUCUCGUCCUCGUGAACACCAUUCCUGGUAUGGAUAUCACGCAACCGCUGCCACCUUUGGUACAAUACACAGGGCCGGUUGUGGACCUGAAGAAGAUGGAGCCCUUUUCAGAGGAUGUUGAGCAGUGGCUUGAAGAGGUGCCUGAGGAUAUGCCCGUGGUCUACGUCAGCUUCGGAACUGUUGUGAGACUCACACCCGAUCGGGCCAGAGCAAUGCUGGCAAGCCUCACUUCCUCGGAGUACUACACCUUGUGGGCCUUACCGAAACCCCAGCAGGAGGGCCUGCCAGGUAUUCCAAGCAGUGUCAAGAUUCAUCAUUGGGUGCCAACUGCAAGAGCGCUGGCACAUCCCAAAGUCAAGGCUUUCGUUUCGCAUUGUGGAGGCAACUCGGCUACAGAGUCCAUGGCUAUGGGCGUGCCAUUAGUCGGCUACCCGCAAGGGGGCGAUCAGCCAGCAGUUUGCCAACGCAUUGCAGAUGCUGGCGCAGGCAUCUCAGGCCCUCCUGGCGGCUGGGUGCAGGCUGCGGAUGUCUUGCAUGUCUUGAACACGGAGCGCUACGCCGAAAAGGCCGCUGCCCUGUCUCGGCUCUUGGGGAGCUUCGGAGGAGUCUCGCGUGCUGUCGAUUUGUUGGAACUCGCCGUGCACGGCGACUUGAAGCUGCUGGAAACCCCUUUGGAGCGCACGACGAGCUCACAAUUCCUUUUACGAGGCUAUGACCUCAUGGUCUAUAUGAAUCUCCUUGUCUUUAUGCUUGCAUGCUGCUGCAUGCGGUGUUGCAGCGGAAGACUGCGUCGACCUAAGGAGAAGGUGCAAUGA